AUGGAGCGUUGGCCAAUACUUCGCUGCUUUAUGCCAGAGUUCACUUGGUCGGACAAUAACGUCCGACCAAUCUCCAAUGAAACACCACCCACACCUCGGCCAACACCAGCCCGAUUGCGCCGAUUUUGGGGGUUUCUGCAUAAAUAUCUGCGAGGAUUCUCUUGGUCCUACUGCAGCUGGGUCGGGAUCGAAUACGAUUAUCAGAUUGCCCAGCUCCCAUUUGGCCUGAUCCUGAAAUGGUCCGAUGGCACUCGAUUAGAAGAAGGAGAGCAUCCCGAUACACCACAUGCACCCGUCUCGAUUCUAAUGACUCGCGUGCCUGGCCAAGAGCUGAGACAAGUAUACGAGACACUGAGUAACGAGGAGCAAAUGUCUGUUUUACAAGAACUCAAAGUCUGUGUGGAGGUGAUGCGUGGAUGGUCAAAUCCGGGGAAUGGGAACAGAAUAUAUUCUCUGCUGGGCACUGCGAUAAGGAGCGUUCGCGUUCCCAAUCACUAUGCUGGUCCAUUUAAAUGCGAGGAAGAAUUCAACGACUACCUCAUCCAACCUUCUUGGCCUGGCGGCUUUGCGUCCGAGGCAGCAUAUAAAGAUGCUCUUGAUCUGGCCAAAGGUAUGCGAAAACUAUCGCAUCACGUCGUUUUUACCCAUGGGGAUUUAAAGCCACAUAAUAUCCUGGUCAAUCGGGGGCGGAUCACAGGCUUUUUGGACUGGCAGUCGGCAGGCUGGUACCCUGACUACUGGGACUUCACCACAGCAUUAACAUUCACACGGGAGGACUUCUGGUGGUAUAGUUUCGUUGUUGACCUUGGCGGCGGCUCGUACUUGGCGGAAUUGGAAUGUGAACGUGCAUUGACUUCUUUAACAAGCGCUUCCUAUUAUCGGUAACGCCUGGGCUGGAUUCUUGGUUUGGUAUGACUUGUUGUUUUUCUUUACGUACACGCCGUAAGAACCAGUCUUUCGGGGACCUAAGGACUUGGGCCCAUUUCCUGGCCCAAGCCACAAAGUCUA